GAAAAUUUCAGUAACCGAAGAGGAAUGGAAGGUAAAUGAUGAAGGGUAUAAAAGAUUUGGAUGAAGUUGCUAAACCUAUAUUUAGAGCUCCCGUUGUUACUCAGGUUUCUUAGAUGUACUAGGUUUUAUCACUUUAGAGAUCGUGAUGAGACUAAUGAGAUGUGUGAACACAAAGAGGAUAAUAAUCCAUUGGAAGGAGUAAUGGCACUGUCUGUUCUUGCUAUGAACUUGAAGUUUGAUUCUCUCCCUCCAAAUGAAUGCACUUCAGAUGAGGAGCACAAUGACAAAGGUGAUGUAGAUCAAUAUGUUAAACUAGGCGCUCCUUUCUCAAGAGGUGACCCUGUUAAACUAGGCGCUCCUUUCUCAAGAGGUGACCCUGUUAAGGCAUUUCUUGAUGAGGAAGCUGAGGAAGAAGAUGACACUGAUAACAACUCUGCAAGUGUAUCAUUAUUUAUACUACUUUUGGAGUAUUUGUUCUGAGAAUAGCUCUCUUAGGAUAUUUGUUCUUAAGAAAUAUGCAGUUUUAC